AUGGGUGCCAGCAUCAGGGCGCAGCGGCCCCUGGGCGCCUUGCUGGGGCUGCGGGACCCCCCUCCUAGGCCAGGGUGCCCCCCCUUACCGUGUCCCCCGUGUCCCCAGGCCUUCGAGGAGCAGCACCUGGCUUCCCGCGACCCCAUCCAGCAGUUCGGGGUCUGGUUCCAGGAGGCCGUGGGGUGCCCAGCCAUCGGGGAGGCGAACGCCAUGUGCUUGGCCACCUGCACCAGGACGCCAACCCCUUCGCUUCGCUCGUCUUUUACUGGGAGCCCCUCAACCGCCCCCUGUUUCAUUGCCAGGGGGGGCUACAUCCUGCGGCCAGAUGUGGUGGAGUUCUGGCAGGGCCAAACCAACCGCCUGCAUGACCGCAUCGUCUUCCGACGCCUGCGGGACAGCUCGGCCCCCCUGGGAGACAUGACGCACCGGGGAGAAGGUGAAUGGGUCUUCGAGCGCUUCUCACCAUGAGGCUGCCGGCAUCUGCGGCCACGUUUGCCCGAUCGGGAGUGUCGCCUGUGCCAAACCUGCCUGCCUGUACCCAUCGUGCCCCAGGGAACGGGGCUGACCUCGCUCUGCCCUCCGCUGGGAGACACGUGCUGAGCUCCAGGGGUGCUGGCGAGGGGCUCUGGUCCAGCCCCAGAGACCCUUGUCACCCUUCGCCUCUCCCUGGGGUGGGCAAGAGCCGCGGGUGGGUCCCAGAGACCAUCUGCUUCCUGCUCCCAGUGCUGCUGGUUGUUAAUUAAUCAUGUUAAUUAUUGUGGUGGGACUGGGACAGACCCCAGCGAACCCCCUACCCAUGGCCUGCCGCUGUCACCGCUCGUGCCUUGUGUUUUAGCUGGAAUCGUGCAAUGUGCUCCGUCUGGGCAAUAGUUUCUUGAAUCGUGGCUUUAAUGUCCCCAGUCUGUGCAAUAACUUAAUUGCAGCUUUGAUGUCACCACCGUGUCACUGGUGUUCGUGGCUGGCGGGGUGG